CAUGAAAGUUGAGACAUUUUUAUACAUUCUGUUAAUUUUAGGUUAUUUCGGAGUGAGUGGUUAAACAAAUUAACCUGGAGGAGUAACUACAGCAUUAUAAACAGACAAUUAACCUUUAUAUCUUUGUGACACAGGUAAUAGUAAAGAAUAUACAAUAGGCUUUUUUUUCAAUGAUUAGAUUUGUAUGGCUUGCUUAACAGUAACAGGAGGAAAGUGUACAUGUAAAACAUAUAAUGGAUGUGAUACUCUUACUUGCAAUGAUGGUUAUUACUAAGUUGGAUAGUAUAUUUAAUUUAAUAUAAUAUAGAUCAUGCAUUACAAUUCCAGAUAGUAAUUGUUUUAGAGGUGGUUUAGCAGCAGAUGGAACAAGCAUAGUAUGUUACUAAUGUGUUGCUAAUUCUGGUACAACAUUAAUUGGUAUAGUUUAUAUUUUAUAUAAUAGGUGGAAUAUGUGUUACUAAUAAUAAUUGCUUAACUUUUGAUUUAAAUACUGGUGUAUGUACUAAAUGUGCUAAUGGAUACUAUAAUGUAAUGGCUGAAUUUACACCCAGUGAAUAUUUUGAUACAACUGAAUCUACUUGGACUUCAACUAAUUAUCCUCUCUAUUUCUAAAAUAUUAAUUAAUGUAAAACUUGUAAUGCUGAUGCUUCAUGUAAAAGUUGUAAUUUCCUGUAAUUAUAUAUUUCAUUAAUUAUUAUAGUAAAUAAUGCACAGAAUGCAUAGAUGGUUAUUAUUUGACUGGAACUACAUGUACUUAAUGUAUAUCUGGAUGUUAAAAAUGUAGUGAUACAACAACUUGUUCUGUAUGUUUGACAACCUAUAAUUUAACCAAUUCUAAUACAUGUUUAUCAUGUUCUACUACCUAAUACUUUGAUACAUAAAAUAAAACAUGUGGUGAAUGUAAUACUAUUAACAACUGUUUAACAUGUAGUAAUUCUAAUACAUGUACUAAAUGUUCUGAUGGUAAUUAUGCAGUCAAUGGAUCAUGUGUAACAUGUACUGGAUUUCCAUCAACUUGUUCUGCUUGUGAUGCUAAUAGCAAUUGUAUAAGUUGUACUUCAGUUACACCUAUGUCAAUUUUAUAAGGUGGUACAUGUAGAUAAUGUCCUUCUAAUUGUUAAUCUACAUCAAAUUGUUCAUAUAAUACACAAAAUAAUACUGCCUCAUGUUCUUUAUGUUAAGAUCUUUACUAUGUAACAUCAUAAGGAUAAUGUGCUAAAUGUGAUUCAGCUGGUGAACCCAAUGCUUUAAGAUGUCAUUAUGAUGCAAAUGUUUCUGGUAACAUUGUAUAUACAUAAUGCAAAACAUUAUACUUCUUAGCUAAUAACAAAUGUACUUAAGCUUAAUCUAAUAAUACUUGUGCUAAAUUAUUAGUUCCAACAGAUUAAANCAAAACAUAUAAUGGAUGUGAUACUCUUACUUGCAAUGAUGGUUAUUACUAAGUUGGAUAGUAUAUUUAAUUUAAUAUAAUAUAGAUCAUGCAUUACAAUUCCAGACAGUAAUUGUUUUAGAGGUGGUUUAGCAGCAGAUGGAACAAGCAUAGUAUGUUACUAAUGUGUUGCUAAUUCUGGUACAACAUUAAUUGGUAUAGUUUAUAUUUUAUAUAAUAGGUGGAAUAUGUGUUACUAAUAAUAAUUGCUUAACUUUUGAUUUAAAUACUGGUGUAUGUACUAAAUGUGCUAAUGGAUACUAUAAUGUAAUGGCUGAAUUUACACCCAGUGAAUAUUUUGAUACAACUGAAUCUACUUGGACUUCAACUAAUUAUCCUCUCUAUUUCUAAAAUAUUAAUUAAUGUAAAACUUGUAAUGCUGAUGCUUCAUGUAAAAGUUGUAAUUUCCUGUAAUUAUAUAUUUCAUUAAUUAUUAUAGUAAAUAAUGCACAGAAUGCAUAGAUGGUUAUUAUUUGACUGGAACUACAUGUACUUAAUGUAUAUCUGGAUGUUAAAAAUGUAGUGAUACAACAACUUGUUCUGUAUGUUUGACAACCUAUAAUUUAACCAAUUCUAAUACAUGUUUAUCAUGUUCUACUACCUAAUACUUUGAUACAUAAAAUAAAACAUGUGGUGAAUGUAAUACUAUUAACAACUGUUUAACAUGUAGUAAUUCUAAUACAUGUACUAAAUGUUCUGAUGGUAAUUAUGCAGUCAAUGGAUCAUGUGUAACAUGUACUGGAUUUCCAUCAACUUGUUCUGCUUGUGAUGCUAAUAGCAAUUGUAUAAGUUGUACUUCAGUUACACCUAUGUCAAUUUUAUAAGGUGGUACAUGUAGAUAAUGUCCUUCUAAUUGUUAAUCUACAUCAAAUUGUUCAUAUAAUACACAAAAUAAUACUGCCUCAUGUUCUUUAUGUUAAGAUCUUUACUAUGUAACAUCAUAAGGAUAAUGUGCUAAAUGUGAUUCAGCUGGUGAACCCAAUGCUUUAAGAUGUCAUUAUGAUGCAAAUGUUUCUGGUAACAUUGUAUAUACAUAAUGCAAAACCUUAUACUUCUUAGCUAAUAACAAAUGUACUUAAGCUUAAUCUAAUAAUACUUGUGCUAAAUUAUUAGUUCCAACAGAUUAAACUGCUAUCAAUAAUUAAAGUUGUUCUGAAUGCUGGCCUGGAUUGAUUUAAAGUGGUUCAACUUGUUUCUCAUGUGAUUAUUGUCAAUCUGGAAGUUGUACAUUAAAUACAAACAAUUAAACAUCAUGUACUUCAUGUGUUGAUGGAUAUUAUUCUGAUUCAAAUUAAAAAUGUUAAUCCUGUAUUUCCAAUUGUAGUUCAUGUAGUGGACCUGCUAUAGGAGAUUGUACAAAUUGUUAAGCAGGUUAUUUCAAAGCAGCCAGUUCAUGUACAGCUUGUACUGUUGAUAGUAAUAAUCACACAACUUGUUUGGUUUGUUAAGAUGCUACUAAUUGUUCUAGUUGUAUAAAUGGAUACUAUAAUUUGAAUGGUUAAUGUUUAGCUUGUUAAUAUGGAUGUAGUUAAUGUACUUCUCCUGGAAAUGUAUGUUCAGCAUGUAUCAAUGGAUUCUAUUUAUAAAAUGGUGGUUGUGUUUAAGAUAAUGGAAAUUGUUAUUCUACUGAUAAAUUGAAUAUUUUAGCUACAGUCUAAUAAAAUCAAACAAACGGUUGUUAAAUCUGUAAUUAUGGUUUCUAUUUGACAAGUGGAUGGUUAACCUAAUAAACUUCAUCAUAAAUUUAAGAUUUUGUUUGUAUGUAAUGUGUCUAUCCUUAAAAUGCUGUAAUUUAUUUUAUUAAUAUUUUUAGUUUGUUUGCAGAACUAACCCAUAAGAUGUUUCAAUAUAAAGUGUUUAAACUACAACAACCGCACUUACACCAAGUAGUCAAUACUUUUCCAAGGGUGCAAUUGUUACUAAUAUUUCUAAUUUUGCCUUAUUAGACACUAGAUAUACUUCUGCUACUUGUGCAUCUGGAUAUUUCUGGACCAAUCAAAGUUGUAUGCCAUGCAUGUCUAUAACCUACGGUAUAUGUACAUCAUGUACUAAUCUUACUGCAUGUGCUUAAAUUACAUGCAAUUCAGGAUAUUUCCUUACAACUAUCAAUAACUCUCAACUCUGUGCUCCCAUGCCAUAAGGAUGUAGUGAAUUAACAUUCUCAACAAAUCUUCUUGCAUUAGCUUGUACAAAAUGUAUUGCUGGAUAUACUAUAGUUGGAAACAUUUGUAUUUCAAAUUCUGGAUGUUAAACUAUCAAUUAAAGCAAUGGAAUUUGUACUUAAUGUUAAGAAGGUUAUUAUUUCAAUUGGGACUUUGUUUUGACAACUAGUGCUUAAACUGCUCCCACUACUAACACCAAAUAUUACACUACAUUCAAUUAAUUCUGUUCAUAAUGUUAAGCAGGAUGUUAGAUUUGCCCAUCAUAAUACACAUGUACUUAAUGUUUACCAGGAUAUUUCUGGUACUAAUCUACAGUCACAAACAAUUAAUAAACAUUUAUUAAGUAUAGUUCUAGUUUAACAUCAAAUAUGUCAGGCUAAUGUGUUCAAUGUCCUAAAUAUUGUUAGACAUGUACUACAGCUACUACUUGUACUACAUGUUAUCCCAAUUUCUAAGCUGAUCCCAAUUCAAGUGUUGGAGCAUGUAUGUGUCCAUCAGGAUAUACUUUAACAACUUCUGGUUCAACAUUUUCAUGUAUCUAAUAAACAACAGCAAUUGCAACAUGUUAAAUUACUGCUUGUUCUUAAUGUAAUGCUGAUAACACAUAAUGUUUAACUUGUUUAUCAUCAUUUUAAGGAAAAUCUUAUACUUUAUCAGGAACAACAUGCGUAACUUGUUCAUCAAAUUGUAGUCAAUGUACAUUGAUGACUGGUAGCACAAGUUAAACUACAUGUUAAGUUUGCUAGAAUGGAUAUUAUAAAACACAAAGUGCAAAUGAUCAACCAGUUCUAUGUUCUAUUUGUUCAUAAACAGGUGCUUUAUUAUGUUAAGGUUCAUUGGAGAAUGCCUCUUUUACAUAAGUAACAAUAAUNAUUUUGUUUGUAUGUAAUGUGUCUAUCCUUAAAAUGCUGUAAUUUAUUUUAUUAAUAUUUUUAGUUUGUUUGCAGAACUAACCCAUAAGAUGUUUCAAUAUAAAGUGUUUAAACUACAACAACCGCACUUACACCAAGUAGUCAAUACUUCUCCAAAGGUGCAAUUGUUACUAAUAUUUCUAAUUUUGCCUUAUUAGACACUAGAUAUACUUCUGCUACUUGUGCCUCUGGAUAUUUCUGGACCAAUCAAAGUUGUAUGCCAUGCAUGUCUAUAACCUACGGUAUAUGUACAUCAUGUACUAAUCUUACUGCAUGUGCUUAAAUUACAUGCAAUUCAGGCUAUUUCCUUACCACUAUCAAUAAUUCUCAACUCUGUGCUCCCAUGCCAUAAGGAUGUAGUGAAUUAACAUUCUCAACAAAUCUUCUUGCAUUAGCUUGUACAAAAUGUAUAGCUGGAUAUACAAUUGUUGGAAACAUUUGUAUUUCAAAUUCUGGAUGUUAAACUAUCAAUUAAAGCAAUGGAAUUUGUACUUAAUGUUAAGAAGGUUAUUAUUUCAAUUGGGACUUUGUUUUGACAACUAGUGCUUAAACUGCUCCCACUACUAACACUAAAUAUUACACUACAUUCAAUUAAUUCUGUUCAUAAUGUUAAGCUGGAUGUUAGAUUUGCCCAUCAUAAUACACAUGUACUUAAUGUUUACCAGGAUAUUUCUGGUACUAAUCUACAGUCACAAACAAUUAAUAAACAUUUAUUAAGUAUAGUUCUAGUUUAACAUCAAAUAUGUCAGGCUAAUGUGUUCAAUGUCCUAAAUAUUGUUAGACAUGUACUACAGCUACUACUUGUACUACAUGUUAUCCCAAUUUCUAAGCUGAUCCCAAUUCAAGUGUUGGAGCAUGUAUGUGUCCAUCAGGAUAUACUUUAACAACUUCUGGUUCAACAUUUUCAUGUAUCUAAUAAACAACAGUAAUUGCAACAUGUUAAAUUACUGCUUGUUCUUAAUGUAAUGCUGAUAACACAUAAUGUUUAACUUGUUUAUCAUCAUUUUAAGGAAAAUCUUAUACUUUAUCAGGAACAACAUGCGUAACUUGCUCAUCAAAUUGUAGUUAAUGUACAUUGAUGACUGGUAGCACAAGUUAAACUACAUGUUAAGUUUGCUAGAAUGGAUAUUAUAAAACACAAAGUGCAAAUGAUCAACCAGUUCUAUGUUCUAUUUGUUCAUAAACAGGUGCUUUAUUAUGUUAAGGUUCAUUGGAGAAUGCCUCUUUUACAUAAGUAACAAUAAUUUAAUGUUAAAAUAAUUAUUAUUUAUAUAAUGGAGCCUGUGUAGCUGUACCUACAACUGCUACUUGUUAUACUAUUUCAUCAUCAAAUGGUAGUACUUGUCAAUAAUGUUUACCUGGAUAUACAUUAUUUGGUAAUACUUGUUAAACAUGUGCAACAAGUAAAAAUUAAAAUUGUUUGACAUGCACUGCAAAUGGUGAUAAUUCUGGAUUGUAAUGUACUUCAUGUUAAUCUGGAUAUGUUAUUGAUUCUACAAAUAAUGUUUGUGUUGCAUGUUCAAGUGGAUGCACUAAAUGUACUUUAAUUGCAGCAACAUAAAAUACUUAAUAAAGUACUUCAUGUAGUAAUUGUAAUGAUGGAAAUUAUUUGGAUAAUAUUACUGGAAGAUGUUUUGCUUGUCCAUAUGAUUGUAAGACUUGUGAUUCAAGAUAUGUAAUUAUUAUUUUAUAAUAUUAUAGACAUGUUCAACAUGCAAAGAUGGAUAUUAUUUGAAAUAAUCAUAAACUACAUUAAAUGCCAAAUAAUAUACCUUUAAACCAUGUUAUCCAUGUUAAUCUAAUUGUGCAACAUGUACAGGUCCAAAUGGAAAUGUUUGUUUAUCUUGCUCAUCUGGAUAUGUUAUGUAAAAUGGUGGUUGUGUCAAUUUAUAAUAAACAAUAGUAAAUGAUUUAAACAAAUACAAUUAUGCAAACUGUUAUCAACUUGAUCCAAAUAAUAGUGGUUGUCUUAAUUGCUAAGCAGGAUUCUAUUUAGAUGCUUAAAAAGUUUGUUAAGAAUGUGUUUCUCCAUACAAUAACGUAAGAUAUAUAAAUUAACAAUUAGUUUGUUUGUGGUCUAAAAGCAGUAAGUCCAACAAAUCCAGUUGGACCAGGUCCUAAUCCUAAUCCAGGACCAAAUCCAACUCCAACUGAUACCACUGUCUAAAUUGGUUAAAAUCCAGUUCCACCAAGUUCAUAUUCAAUUAUAUUGGGAAUGCUAAUAAUAAUAGUUUUACAAUGAGC